GGGUAUUUUCAAAAGUACGGUACGGGUGUUUAACGUUUUUGAUCAGUAGUGUGUUCUGAUAAACUUCUUUUCCGCUAUCUUACAUUUUCCCACAUUUGAAACACUGUUAUGGAGAUUUAGUAAACUUCACCCGAACUGUGAGUUGCAAAACUUCAGACAGCCUGCCUUGAUAAAUGAACUUAGGAAAAAAUUUUUUUCUAAUUCUGAUAUAUUACAAUUUGAGUGGAUAUUAUUAAACAUUUUGGACCAGACACUUUCACCCCCUGUUAGUAAUUGGACAAUAAAGCCACAUAUUCGGACCAUAUAUCUAUCUGGUGUUUAAGGUUAGGUAUGUGAAAGUAAUGCAAGCAAAAGCGGAAAUAACGUGGUUCAUUGUGGACCAAAGAGUAUUUUCAGCACUCACCAACUUUAUUUCCGAAUUGUAUAGUAAUUAUCAUUGAACACUUAAGUACUUAGAGUUCACAUUCUGGACUCCAAUUUCGGUUCGGGGAUGAAAAGUCAUGGGUUUUGAACGUCGCUUUGUUGACUUUCUUGAUGUACUUGAAAAUCAGUGCAUUUAACUAAUAAUCUCUUAUUCAUUUCGCUCAUAAUGCUGGAGUGUGCAGCACCAGGUGUUGAGGAUGCAAAUGUAUGGGGUCUUGUGAGUUUAAAGAAAGGUGACAGAAGAGCACAAAGAAAAAUCCUAAAUGAGUUCCAUAGAAAUAAUGAAGUUUUGGAUGAGACUGAUGAGAUCCAGGAUGCAAAGCAAACUAGAAGGCUUGCCUUUAGAGGAGUUAAACGACAGUUAAAUCUCUGGAAAGGACCAGUGCAUAAAAAUCGCUUAGCAGAGCAAAUCGUUUUUCCAAUAAAUGACAAAGAUAUCGUUUUGUCAGGUUCCCAGGAGGCUGCAAAAUUAAAGGAGCAACUUCAUAUUAAGGACCUCAAGAAAAAUCCAACAAAUUUGCAAGGAAAGCUAUAUAGUGCUUUAUACCGAGAUGAUAAUAUAAGUUUAUCACAGGAAAAACCUGAUAAAGCAGCUAAAAUGGUUUCCAAGAUGUUGCUUGAGAAGAUUGCUUUGCGUGACAGGGAACGUUUCUUACUUGCUCGAGCUGCUGCUCAUAAUAAGCGCCAAAAUAAAAUAAAAAGCAAACGCUUUCAUCGACAUUUGAAAGGGCGUACAAUGAAGGAGUAUGAAAAAGAAACUGAAUCACUGCGCCUUAAUAAUCCACGAAAAUUUGCUCAACGCCUCAUCAACGCUGAAUUAAGUCGAGUCAAAGAGAGAGCUAGUCUGAAGCACAGGGGCGGUAGUAAGUUCGCUAAGCUACAGAAGCUAAGAGCCAAGUAUGACACAGAGGCCAGAGCAGCUGUAGCAGAUAUGCAUGAAUUAUCCAGGGAAGUUACGAGAAGACCUGACCUAGACCUAUUAUCAGACACUGAUGAAUCCGACGUUUCCAUUUCUUCAGAAUCUGAAGCCGAAUCUGAAGAGUCCGAUUUCAAUUUAAACAACAGUGAUGAUGAUAUCACUAGCAGUUUGAAUGGAGUUACUCAGACUCUUGGGUGGUGGCAAAAGGAGCCUACUAAAAAUAAGCUUAAGGAUUCAUCUCAGUUAACUGUUGGGGCAGUACUUUCCACCGAAUCAGCUGAAGAAGUAUUGGGAAAAAGCGAAGUCAACCAAGUGGUUUUAAGUGAACCUAUAUUGUCUAAUAAUGAUGUUACGAUUGAAGAGUCAGAGGUAGUAGAUCCUAAUGCAGAAGGCUUUUUCCAUGCUCUUCAAGAAAGCUUCGCAAACGAUCCAGCUUUACAACAGAAGUUUUUGGCAGAGAAAUCUGAAACGGCGAAAGAAGAAGCACCACAAGAUAUUGAUACUUUUCUUCCUGGAUGGAACUCCUGGACUGGUCCGGGGACUGAAGCGGCCGAUGAAAAAAAACGAAAGGCUAGAAUUAUACCUGCGCCUAAAAUAAAACGAGAAGAUGACAAAAAGUCUCACGUAAUUGUUAAACGGCGAGUGAAUCAAGAAUUCAAACAACAUCUGGUCAAAUCUAUUCCAUUCCCAUACAACACACCGGAACAAUUCGAGGCUUUCAUUUCCCAACCAAUUUGUAGAGAGUGGACUACUGAAUGUUCACAUCGUGAACUAACACGUCCCAAAGUAACAGUACAAUCUGGUCGUAUUAUCCGACCUAUAUCAAAGUCUGCAGCUUUAUUGCGUGAUAAAGAUAUUGAACGUUUCACUAAACAAAAAAAGAUUGUUUGAUCUACUCUACAACAUAUAUUUAUUUAUACUCAACUUUUUACGAGUUAGUGGUUAAAACUCACUCCGAAUAAUAAUAAUAAAGUAUUUAUUUUGG